AUGGCUGUACUUGUUGUCACAUGAAAUGUUGAAUCCCUACUACGGACUGUUCCAGUACACCAGAGAUGACAUCUACACGCUACAGGUCAACCCAGAUUCUUCUGUCAAUCCAGAGCAUCUCUCAUAUUUCCACUUUGUGGGGCGUAUUAUGGGGCUGGCAGUGUUUCAUGGACACUAUAUAGAUGGUGGCUUCACUCUACCUUUCUAUAAAAUGUUGCUCAAUAAGCCUAUCACACUUGAUGAUAUAGAAGGAGUAGACCCAGAGCUACAUCAGAGCCUUAGGUGGAUGUUGUAAGUUCUUAUUUGAUACACAUCAU